CUCGAAAAUACCACCGAUAAAAUACAUUAUUUUAUCAUUUACGAAUUCUUGUCUAUAUUCAUGAUGAGUGAUUAACGUUCUUUUUUAUGCUUGUGAUUUAUAGAUAAAGAAAUACCUUUAAGAAAUAAAUUCUGUUUAAAUAUUAUUUGGUUAUUGUUCAAUUUUUCUCAACCACUUGAUAAUUACCGUGUUCAAUACUACGGUGAAGAUGUGCUCAGACGGUAUUGGAAAUCGAACAUAUAAUCGAAUAAUAUAAUAUUUGUACAUACGAUAAUAUUUCUGAAGUUUAACAUUUCAAACGUACGACUUCGGGGAAGGUUUUCAACGUAUUCACUAUGCAGAUGGCUAUCGUAGGAUCGUUUUUGUCUGUGGCCUUUAUAUUGCUAUGUGAUGCCGUGUUCUGGACCUACAGUUUCAACCUAGACACUAGAUUGCCAAUCGUCAAACUGGGUGAAACAGAUUCGUAUUUCGGAUACUCAGUAGCCGGACACCAGUCGUAUGAUGAACUUAAGGCACAAAUCGAACAAAGUUGGUGAGUAGACUGCGACACUUAGCUCCAUGGACAUUAAUCAUUUGUAAUUCGCUUUUUAUCUAAUAUUCAAAUUUUUCAGAUAACUUUGAAACAACUUAUUGUUAUAACUUUUUUAAUAAACUUAAUUAGAACAUUUAUAAUUUCAAUUCAUUUAUCCAUUUUCAAUUAUGACAACAUGAUUCAUUUUGAAUUUAUUUUUCAGGAUUUUGGUUGGUGCACCUUUAGAUCAAAACUUGCAACCUGGAACUCAUCAGUCUGGAGCUUUAUGGAAAUGUCCAUUGACUUCAUUGCACAAUGACUGUUCACAAGUUGUUACUGAUGGAAAACGCAGUAAGUUUUUACCUAUUUUUUUAAAUUUUAAAAAUUACUUAACUAUUUUUCUUUUUACAUUGAAAUAUAUAAAAUAAUAAUUUUUAACGUAAAUUAAUUUUGUAAUCUCAUAAGUUUUGAAAGUUUAAUUAAGUAAAUACGUAUGAUUAUAUUAUACGAAUAUAAAUACUACUUAGCUCAUAAUGACAAUUUUAUCUACAUUGUGGGUAUUAUAAUAUCGUAUUUGAGAAUUUAGUUAAUUUAUAUGUCAUUUAAAAAAUGUCUCAUGAAAUUUGAGUUACCAUUGUCAAACUUUACUAUAAUAAUUUUUAUUUUGUUUUUUAACACAGACCUCGAUAAUGGACACUAUGAUCCCUGUAAGUGAAAGUAUGGUAAUAUUUUGUGUUUGUUCAUGGUUAUUUUUUUUUACAGUUUGCAUUUUGAUAUGUUAUGUGUUUGCUCAUAAUAAUUUAUUAAAGCCUAUAUUUAUGGAUAUUUAUAUUGAUUGUUUAUAACAAGCAAUAUGCAUUGCUGUUAUGUAAAUAUGCUUUAUUUAGUUGGAGAUUACAACCCACCAAAUUAGUUUUUUAUUUUUCAUAUUUGGAACAUUUCAAAAACGCAUGAACUAAAAUGUAUACAUGAAAUAGUUUAUACUGUACUGUAUUGUGUAAUAAUAUUUAGCUUGAUAUUUAUAUUUUAAUAAUUUCCUGCUAUCUAAUAAUAAUAUUGUUUGUUACCUAUAUUAUAUUAAGUACAAUUUUUUUUUAAAUACCCAUUUUUGUUUGGUUACUAUGCAUUUGAUAUGUGAACAUUUUUUUUAAAUUUGUUUAAUGCAAACUUGGACAUCAACUAAUACAUUGUUUUUGGAUUUUAGGUCUAAUUUCAGUUUAUCAUAUGGCAUAGGUAAUAUUUUUGUGUCAUUAGUUAUUGUUUUGUUUUAAUACUGUGUAUAUAUAUAAACCCAUCUAGAAUGAAAAAAUAAUUAUUGUAACCUAUUAUAGUUGUUUGAUUAGGUUGAUCUUAUCAAGUAAUAAACAAUAAGUUAUAAUCACAUUAGUGUUUUAAAAACAUCAAUUUAUUUGGAAUUCAAAAAAUAAGCUAUGGGUAGUAAUAAAAGAUGUUAUGAACCCUGAUUUUGAAGGUCGAACCAAAUUAAUGAAACUUUUCUUAAAAUUAACAAACCUGAACUAAACCGAAUCAUACUUUUAAAAAAUUUGAUUGAACUUAAACCUUUAAAAAGUAAAAAGUAUAGAUUAGGUUAGAGCAAAAACCUAGAUUCUCAAUCUUGGCACCAUGAUUUACUAUUAUGAGGUCCACUUAUAUGAAAAAAAUAGAAUUUUUCUUUUUCGUAACAAGGCUGCUCUAUCCCAUUACAGAACAUCGUAUUGGCGAUUGCGCUAGAUUGGCAUCAAAUAAUAAGUUCAACCAAACUAUUGGGUAUUUGAUUUGGUUUGAUUAUUUGUAAUUUUUAGUUCGAUUUUCAAAUCGUUCGUUACAUCUCAAGUAGUAUUGUAUUUUACCAUACUUUUGUUUUUUCAAACUUUAUGUUAAAUUUUAAACUUAGCUAAGUAUGUUUUGUUUUUGGUUUGUACUCUAUGUAAGUUGUGUACUUAUUUUUAUAAAGUUUAACCCAAAACCAUGGGGGAAUCCUUUAAGUUAUAAUAUUAAAUUAAAAUUAGGAAAUGUUUAGUUAUGAUAAAUGUAACUUUCAGUGUUAUAAUUUGUUUGUAUUAUAUUUAUUAAAAUACAAUAUUAUACAUAUACUACAUCAUAAUUCUAAAAAUAUUUUGCAUGAUGCAAUGGACUUACAAUACUAUUAUGAAUAGCUUUAUGCUUUGUAAAAAAAAAAAAAAACAGGACCAUAUUUAUAACAUAUAUACAUAUGAAGUUUUAGCAACUUGGCUUCUUUAUUUAUUGUAACAAUUUAUGUAUGGAUAAAAAUAUCAUUAUUUUUGAAUGGCAUGUUAAAUCGCACGUACACAUUAUUAUUGUUUGAAUUUUAUCAUUCUUUGUAUGCACGUUGCAACCUAUUAAUAUGAAAUAUUAUUUUAUUUUAGUUUAUGUGACUCAUUUUGAUGUUUAUUACUCAGCAAUAGUCAUAGGUAGGUACUGACAAGGUUAAAAUUUCUAUUUCACUCACCGACUUGAUGUGUGCAUGAUAUUAUUUUUAUUGAAAUUUUAUAAGAUUCAUAAUUGAUAUAAUAAUAUUUAAUUUGAGAUUAAUUGAUUUUUAAAAUUGUAUUGAUUAGGUAAUAUAUUUUGAUGAAUAGAAUAGGUGAGUCACCACUUAUGGAAAUUCUGCAAAAAAUAUACAUUAUAGGUAUACUUGAGUUUUUUCUGCCUUAGAAUUCUAUGAUAAUAAUAUAAUUUUAGGAGAUUUAUAAAAUAAAAAGAUAGACAUAUUUCAUAUGUGGGUGCGCCACUGUUGUAGGUUUGAAGUUGGGAAAGUAGAGGGGAAAUUUAAUGUUUAUCUGUACUCAACAAUUAACCAUUGUUAAUGAAAAACGAUUCUGAGUGGAGUUUGGUUAAUAGUGUUGUUUUGUCAAUAAUAUAUACAUCACAUUAUGGUAAAUUAAUUACAUGUCUUUUAUAUUUCCUGUAAUAAUAUUUGUUUAAUAUUUUAUUUAUUUUUCGAUCUUCUCCAUUUUUUGUGAAAACUCUUGAGAAAAUCAAAAAAAUGACCUCCUUAAAGUACAACUUAAGUGAGAUUUCCUUUCAAAAAAAAUUGCCACACAUGUAAAUCAAAGAAAUAUUUCUGGUAGAAAAUUUCCAGUUUUUCCAAUUUAUUAAAACUGCUGGGGAAAUCAAAAAAUGACCUCCCUAAAGUGGCAUGUAGAUUGAAUAAUUUCUGUCAAAGGUGUUACACUUGAUAUAUCAGAGCAAAAUUUGGUAGAAAAGUUUGCACAAUGAGGGGUAUUUUUUGAUUAAAAUAUUCUGAGCUAGCAAUGGCUAGAGUCUCUAGGUACACCCAAAAUACACUUGUUUUUUCCCUGUUUAAGUAAAGAGAAAAAACAGAUGCAAACAAUUAUUUUCAGUUCAUGGGUUUGAACUGGCGAUCUCUAGGAUGACAACAGGUACGUAAUACCACUAGACUACAACAAACAUACUUUAAAUUUGACAAUAUAAAGUUAUUUAACAUAACAUUAUAAUAUCUGCAUAAUAUCAGAAUUUCAAAAAGUUAUUAUUUUGAAACUAAGUCAGUCUUAAAUUGGUAAUAUACAAAAAUUGAAAAAUUAAAUUUGUUCUAAGAAAUUUUUUACUCAAAUUAUUUUGGUAUAAAAAUUUAAUAUUAAAAUUCCUUUAUAAAAAAAAUAAAAAAAUAUUAACAUGAAGCUCAUUUUUUUUUACCACAAAAGACUUAAUGAACCUACUAUUCAAUUUCCAAACAUUAUUUUUGUUAACAAUGUUACCACAGAGUACUUACUGAAUUAAAAUUACAUACAAAACGCACAAAGUUAAAAAAAUGGCUAAAUAUUUAAGAUUAAACAUUUACUCAUUAUAUUAUUACAUUACAUUUUUAUAACAUUAUUAAAUUACUACUGUUUAUUUAUUAUUUUCAUUAUUUUUUAUCUUGCACAGUGGGUAUGUGCAUGUUUGUGAGUUUGGUUAGAUUAGGUUUUGGAAUACUCUUAUGACCCACACAGUUUACCUAACCAAAGUCUCUACCUGUAGACCUAGACCCUGAAUGGAAACCUCUAAACACACUGCUUUAAUUUAUUUUUUUCCUUAAUUUCAAUAUUUAGUACUGAUUGGGCAAUAAAUUAAUUUGUGGCAUCCAUUUUAGACCACUUAAUUUUAAUUAAGCACAACUUUUUAGACUCUGAGCGAGAGAGCUAUUGGUUUUACUAAGAUAUUUAUUUAUUUAUUUUUUUCUAAGCGUUUCGAAAUCAAAUUUAAACGAAAAUCGUAAAAAAAAUUACAAAACUAUGUAUUACCGAACUGCGCUCAGAAUAACCUUUCGUCAAGCAUUGGUUAAUAGUUGCUUACAGAUAUAAAUUAAAUAACCUUAUGUAUCCUACCUUCCCAACUUCUCACCUACAACAGUGGCCGCUCCCAUCCCCAGUAUCAGCUCUUUUUCAAUAUGUGGACCUAUUACUUACUGCAUGCCAGUAGCGACAUUAAAGUUUUUGUUAAAAUAGGAAGUGGAGAGGGGCGGAUUAAAUAUUCAAAUAGGUAGGUAUUUGAAAAACUAAAUUUCUUUACAAAUGUUUACAACCUGUUAUUAAUACAAACUUUCAACUAACAAACAUUGUAGGUUAGAAUCACAUUUUUGGAGGGAUUUAUACAAUUCGUAUUUUAUUUAAGGUAGGUAUAUUAUUGUAACGUAGGUAAGAAAGAUAUGAUUUAUGUAUUUAAAUCGUCAAAUAAUAAUAUAUAAUUUUGUGUUACAGAAUAUAGGUUAACGCCUUAAAAUACGUAAUUGUAUGUGCAUUUUGUAAUGAUAUUUAAUUUAAUUACCCAUGUAAAAAAUUAUAUUUGCAAUGAAAAUAAUGAAAUUUACAAAACGCUUAAAAAUUGUAGUUUAAAUAAGCUUACAAGAUAUAGAUGGGAAUUUAAUGUAUAUUUGUAAGUAAUAAUAAACCUUUGCUAACGAAAAAAUAAAUAAAAACGGUUGCCAAUGACAACUUUAUUUUUAAUCUUUCAAUUUUUUGUAACUUAAAGAACCAGAUUUUCGUCAUUAUUUCAAAUAUAAAUGAAAAUUUCAAAAAAUGACUUCUUCAAAGUAUCACCAGGAGAAUAUUUCUUUUUAGAAAAAAUGCUAUACUCGAUAAUUAGAGUAUGCUUUCUGGUUGAAAAAGUGUUCACAUAAAAAAAAAAUAAACAUCAUUAUAAUUUGUCAUUUAUAUAAACUACCUUGAAAUAAAUUUUAAUCCUACCUAUAAAUAAUAUACGCAUCUAAAGAAAUAUAUAACUUUAGAUUCUGAGUGGAGCGAAGAAGCUUAUGGUUUUACAAAGAACACAUGGUUGUUUAUUUUAUUAUUAUUAUUAUUUUUUGAUCUGUAGACAACUUUUCUACCAGAGAUCUUACUCCGAUUUUUAUGUUUAGCACUUUUUCUGGAACGAAAUCAGUGCGGGGAGGUACAUUAGGGAAGUAAUUUUUCGUUUCACUCUAGAGUUUUCUCAUCAAAUGUGAAACCGAAAAAAACGCAGGGAAAUGUACGAAAUUUAUUUGUGCAUUACUAUUUUUUUUUCUGUGCACAAUUUUUUUACCAGUAGUUAUGCUUAAUUUAUAAUGAUAGUAAUGUUUCUGAAAAAAAAAUCUUACUGGGGAGGUACUUUAGAGAGGUCAUUUUUGAUUUUUCCAGGAGUUUUUCCAGCAAAUGUGAAAAACUGGGAUAAAACAUAAAAAAAAAUCAGGAAAAACAUAGGAAAAGAUAGGAAAUUGUUGUGUGGCUAAAGCCACUGAGAAACUUCGAUACAGCUUUGAUCAUUUUAAUUGUAUUAAUUUUAAUUAAUUGACUAAAGAUAAUGUAAUAUGAUUUUACUGUGGUAAUUAAAAAUCUGAUGUCAAUUAUUAACAUCCUAUUUAACUCCUGACCCCUUGCUGUAUUUUUCAACUAAUAAUAUUCGAUUAAUAUUGUGGAUAAACACACAAAAUGAGAAAUCUAGUACAACAAAUAAUGGGUUUGAAUUUAUUUUGGGUAAGCAACAUGCAGCAGUUUUUUUUCACCUUGUGUCAAGGUAUAUUUAAGAUAAUGAUUCACAAGUGUGAAGCUCACCUGAAUAAGAUAAUUUUUUCAGUAUGUUGCAAUAAAAAAAAAAAAUAACAGCCAUUAGGAAUGAUAAUUUUUAAAAAUAUAAAUGGGCAAGUCCUCGAAAAUAUUUUUAUAAUUUUAAUUUUACCAUCUGUGUUUAAAUUCUUACUUCAACCUAAAUGCUAAAAUUUACAAUUUAUGUUCUAAGUAACAUAAUUUUAAUAUGUUGUCUGUUAGUUAGACUGAGAUGGUAAAUGCAGAUACCUAUAGCUUCCUCUUAAUAUUGUUGAUUUUUUUUGUUAUUUGUUCUCCUAACACAAUGUUUUUGGAUACCUAUGACAUUCAUUUCUAAUGAACAUCUUUAUUUUUUCUUCUUUUAGUAGUGUGCUAAAGGAAAAAGAAAAGAAAACUUUUAUAUAUUUGAACAGACAUGCUGUUGUUUUAAUAUUGAAUUGUUAAGAGUACAGUAUUCAUACUAGUAUUUGAUGUCCUACACUUAUAAGUGUAUAAUCAUAGGUAAAUGUAUUUUGGAAUUCAAUUUUUAAGUCUACUGGGUUAAUAUUAGAAUUAUAUGAAAACAAACUAUUACAACUUCGUUUUAACACUGAUACUUUUCUAUAUUUGGAUAUUAAAGCUAAUUAUAAUAAAAAUAUAUAAAAUUGAUUGUUGAAAUAUUGACAAUUAUCACAAAAACAAAUAUUAUGUAGUUCUACCGGAUUAUUUUCUAAAGCAUUUUGAAUAGUAUAUUUAUCUUACUAGUUAGAUAUAAUUUAAAAGCUUCCCAAACCAUUUUGAUCUGUCAGUACAAUUUUUUAUGGUGCAAUGGAGUAAUCAAUAUACACAUAGACUUAUAGUUAUAGAAAUAUAAAUAAAUAUUUUAAUAGAUUUUAAUAUGGAAAUAUAACCAUAUUUCAAAUGUCUCUAAUUAAAUUGAUUAGGGAGGUACUAUUCUAAAGAUAAAUACAAAUAAAUAACUAAAAGUUUAUUCAAAAACUUUUUUAAAAAAAAGAUUAUAAAAAAAUGAAUUAUUUGUUCAUUUAAACUUUAGGGUCAUUGUCUUUAUUAAAAAUAGUGUGUAAAUACUUAUGGGUCCAUCAUUUAAUGGUAAAUUCUGAUCAAACCAAGGAUUUCUGAUAAUAAACAAUGAUGAUAUAAAACGUAUUUUAAUAUUAUUGUCGCUAUUAUUUUUUAUCCAAAAAAUAUGUAGAUGGUAUAUUUACCUAGAUACCCUAGGGUAUUUUACUGCUGUCCAAAUACAUAAAUUACAAAAUAUUCUAUUAUUUUUUAUAAGUAGGACAGAGAAAUUAUAGCUCAAAUAUGCAUUUUCUAUGCAAAAUAAAAUAACCCAAAAUAUGUAUUAAAAAUAAAACUUAAAAUUUAUUUACUAAAUUUGUUUCACUUAGGUAAUUAAUAGUUACAACUUGCAGAUACUUCUUCCAAUUCCAAAAUAAUAGUUUCAUAUUUUUAAAUGUUGUUUAAAAUUCUUUAAAUAACACUUCAGAACUGAAUUCAUACACAUAAUUUUAGAUUCUGAGUGUAGCGAAAAAUGUAUUGAUUUUCCAAGCUGUUCUCAUAAUAUCUGGGAAAAACCAGGAUAAAACGUAAAAGAAAAACGAGAAAUGUACGAAAUUAAUGUUUUUAUUAUUUUAUCAAUUUUGUUAUUUGUUGUAAUUUAGUUAAAAAAAAAUUCGUAGAGACUUGAAAUUUAAACAGAAAACUUAAAUUUGUCUUUUCUAGACGAGGUGAAAUUUUCAAAAAAUUUAAGCCAUUUUUGAGAUAUUUAUAGAUAUUUUAAUUUUUUGAGUUUUGUACAUAAUUUUUAUUUGGUAGGUUGCAGUAAAAUUGUUAGACUUAACAGAAAUUCUUGAAAAUUCAACAUGAUGUUCAUUAAGACUCUUAUUUUGUAGUAAAAAAAAAAUGAGUUAAUGUGGUAUUUGUUUUUUAUAAAGGAACUUUGAUACUACAUUUUGACGUAAAUUGUUUGAGUAAAAAAUUAUAUGGAACAAAUAUUUAUAUGAUUUAAUUAUAUGUGUAUAUUUCGAAAUUAUAGCUUUUUGAAGUUCAGAUAUUAUGCAGAUAUUACAUGUUUAUGUUAAAUAACUCAAUAUUGUCUACUUUUUUUUCUUUUUUACCCAAAUAGGGAAAAAAUAAAUGCAUUUUAAGUGUACCUAGCUAUCGCUCGCUCCGAUGAUUUAAAUCGCAAAAAACAGUCGAUUUGUUAUGAAAAGUUUUUUACCAGAAAUCUUGCUCCCAUAUAUGAAGUGUAGCUUAUUUUUUGAAAGAAAAUUUUAUCUUCAUGGUUUAGGGAGGUCAUUUUUGUGAUUUUUCAACCGGUUUUCAUAAAAUCUGGGAAAAUCCGGGAUAAAAUGUCAGAAAAACAGAAAUUGUACGAAAUGUAGGUAUUAGUAAAAAAAAUAUUAUGGCCUUUUUUUUUUUAUGUACAACUUUUCUACCAGAAUUUUAGCUCCGAUUUACAAUGAUAGCACUUCUUAUGAAAGUAAAUUUGACUGGGAAGGUAUUUUAGGGAGGUCAUAUUUCGAUUUUACCAAGAGUUUUUUUAGCAAAUGUGAUAAUCCAGGAAAAAUGAUAUAAUAUUAAAUAAAUAUUGUUAAAAAAUGAUUAUCCUAGAAAUAUCCCAGGACGUCAUUUUUUAAUUACAAAGAUAAUAAUGAUUUAACUUUUCAUCAUUUUGUUCAUAAAAAUAAAAUAAACUUCAGAGUAUAGUGAACCAUUUAGAAACACAGAACACUGGAAUAUGAAUAUGAAAACCUUAGUGUGCAAACAUUCAACAAUCAUACUAUAUGAUAAAAAUUUAAAUUAUACUUAAAUUUAACAAUUUUUGUUGUAUUAUUGAAUGAAAUAAAAUCUAUUUGGUUCUUAAUAUACUAUUUUUAGUUAGUUAUAAUGUUUCUAGUAUAAAACAAAUAUUCAAAUACUAGAAGUCCUCUGCCCUAGUUAUAGGUAUUGCCACUAGAUAAUAUCUGAGCCUUUUAAUGAAUAUUUUUUGUUUAUAAUUUUGCAUCUAUUUUUUCUCAACAGAUAGCAUAAAAAUUUCAUUCAGUAUAUUAUAAAAUAAUAUUAUAUUUUGCUUAUCCGUAAUUUUAUGUAAAUUGUAGAAUAGCCUAAAAAAAAAAUAUGUUGUAUAUUAUAAAACUCAGUCAUAAUAAAUUUCGUCACAAUUGCAUGAUAUUAUAAUAUAUUAUGAGUAAUUAUAUUAAUGUAUUUAAAUUUGGUAUCUGGUGUAAACACUUGUAUGGUCAUCAUACCAUAUGAGAAGAAAUACAAUUUCUCAAGUAUGGAAAUCAUUCAGAAAUUAAUCAAAUCAUUGUUUCUAUUUAUGUAGUGCCAAUGAAUACAAUGUAUUGUACACAGUAGAUAUUAAUAUGCUUCAAUAAAAUAGCAUAAAUAUUAUUUUAUACAUACACACACACACACACACACACACACACACACAUAUAUAUAUAUAUAUAUCAAGUUAUUAUUGUAAUUUGUAUUUUUUUUUAGCUAUUGAUUCUAUUAAUCUUUCACGGCCUCUGGAUAGUGAAAUUAAAGAUGGUCAAUGGUUAGGUGUAGUAGUACGAAGUCAAAGGCCUGGUGGAAAAGUGAUGGUAUAAAUAAGACAUAUUUUGAUUUAAAUAAACAGUGUAGUAAUAACAUCAUCAGCAAAGAAAUAAUUAUAUUUCUUUAAAAAAUCAAUUUAUCAUUAAGGGGGCAUCACAAUAAUAUUUAUCAUCUAAUGGAUAAUAUAGCGAAAAUGUGUUUUCAUACUUUCAAUAGUACAGUACUUAGGACAAAUCUGGGCAAUUUACUUAACUUUAGUAACUGACUAAGUUACAGUUAAUUUCCUUAAUUAACCCUUGAGGCACACAUUAUUUUUAAAAAAAUUUUUUUGGAAAAUAUUAAAUGUUAGCCCUCAUAUUACAUAUAAAAAAGAAACAAAAAAUAGGUGGUUUCAUUAUAAUACCAUAAUGCUUCAAAGGAUUACUUAGUAACUUAGUUAAGUUCCAAGUCCCUAAAUAAAAAAAGUAACUUGUUAAUUACUAGUUACUAAUCAAAAAUGUACAAGUUACAAAGUUACAAGUUGAAGUUACAGUUUAAAUUGGCUUUAUUUUUUAAUUACUUGUUAUAAUAGUCACUUGUCAAAAAUAUAUAAGUUAAAGUGAUUUUAAAUAUUUUUUUUAUUAAAUUUUAUUAAAUUUUAAUAGUAAUAUUUAGGUGUUGAACAAGGUUGUUGUAUCGAAUUUAAUAAUUCUGAGUUGCAAGAUUGGUGAUGAAAUGAUGAAAACUAAUUUGAGUCAAUGAUUGCAGAAACGCCAUGAGUUAGUUUUUAAAACUUUUGAUAUUUGAUAAAAGCUGUAUAAUAUCUGUAUAAAUAAUUUUGAAAAAAAAAAUUUUACUUGAGAAUAAAUACUUACUGAAACAUCAUAUACUGUUUAUAUAUAAUUCCAGUGUAAAAAUAAUCUAAUGUGUAUUUAUUAUUGACUUUCAAAGUUUGAAAAACAGACUUAAAAUUUGUGACUUGUGAAAUUUCUACCAUCAUGUAACUCUUUUGAUUCAAAUAAAAAGUAACUAAUUAAGUUACAAGUUACAAGAAAACUAAAAGUAAUUUAGUAAGUUACUGAUUUGUGUAACCUUGUAAAUUUAUUGUAACUUGGUAACUAGUUAUUGCCCAGCUUUGACCAAGGAUCCAAUUUCACCAAAUUAAAGACAUUUAUUAUGUUUUAUAUAGUGAUUUUUUUUUUAAAUCUAUUUCCCAGAUAAUCUUAUACUUCAAAUUUUAAAAAAAAAUUUUUUUUUUAUUUUUUUAUUUUAAUGGUAAAUUGUAUAAUGAAUGUAUGAAAAAAUCCUUUAUGAAAGCAUAAUAAAUGUGUUUAAUUUGGUGAAAUAAUUUUUGUUUUAUGUUUAUUAGAUUCUGAGUACUAUUUUAAGUAUGAAGACACAUUUUUGCUAUAUUGCUCAUUUGAUAGACAAACAUAAUGAUACUGUGAGACUCUUAAAUAUCCAAAUAGAAAUAUUUUGAAAUAUUUAGUAAAACAUAUAAAUAGAACCUUGUAUUUAUAAAUAUAAAAUAAUUUUAGGUUUGUGCUCAUAGAUAUAUAAACCGAGGUACAGAAUAUCAAUGGGGACAAGGCUUGUGUUAUACUUUAACACAACACUUAGAAUUUAUGGAAUGCUGGGAGCCAUGUAAAGGUCGAGAAACAGAUAAGUAAGUUUUUUUUUUUGGUAAAAUGUUAGAUUUCGUUUUUAUAAAAUUAAUUAAAUUUGUAAAUAUAAUUUAGAGGUCAAAUGCAAUUUGGUUAUUGCCAAGCAGGUACUAGUGGAGUACUAUUAGAAGAUGACACUGUUGUUAUUGGUGCACCAGGGUCAUAUAACUGGAAAGGCAAUAUAUUUAUGGUCAAUGUAUCAGAUGACUUUUUACUCAGAGAUAAAACCUGCUACUAUAGUCCUGUUCGGGAUGUUGAUGUUUCUCCUGUUGACAGUAAUAGUUAUUUAGGUAUGAUUUUAUUACAUAAUUAAUAUUUGUUUAAUAUAUUGUGACUUUAUAUAUUAGUUCAAUAACAUAACUAAAUUUUUUUAUUAUUAUUGUUAUUAUUGUUAAUGGAUGGUUUAAUUUACUUAAAUCUAGGUUUGACAAUAUUUUAUAAGUUUACUAUUGAUAUUUAUGUUUUUAUUUUUCAGGUAUGUCUACUAUUGCAGCUUACUUUUUAGGCAGUCAAAUAGUUUAUGCUGCUGGUGCACCACGUGCAAAUGGAACGGGGCAGGUUAUACUAUUUACUACAUUUAAACCAUCUGUAACUCUUAUGGAUGUACAAGUUGUAAUUAGUGGAGAACAGUUUGCGUCAAGUUUUGGUUAUGAAUUGGCGACUGCUGAUCUCAAUGGAGACAAGUGAGUAGAAUUUGUUUUAUAUUUUAUUUAUUUUAUUACAUAUAGUACAUAUUUUUGGCAUUAAAGUUAUUUAUUAUUUAAAAAUUGUAUCUAGACAUUUAUUUAUAUAAAAAAAAAAAUACAUAUUUACUUAUAAUAAUUUAAAAAUAUUUAUAUUUAAUAUAGGGAACCAGAUUUAAUUGUUGGUGCCCCAUUUUAUUUUACAAAAGAAUCUGGUGGAGCUGUUUAUAUUUACAUGAACAACAAAGAUCAUUGCCUUGAUUGCAAAGCACCAGUAAAACUUGUCGGAAAACCAGAAUCCAGGUUUUGAAAAUAAACAAGUUAUUUAUGUAAUAAAAUAUUAUGUUUUUUUUAAAAUGUUUUUAGAUUUGGAUUUGCAAUCACAAAUUUAGGUGAUUUAAAUAAAGACGGUUUUGAUGAUAUAGCCAUUGGUGCCCCAUAUGAAGGCAAUGGAGUUAUUUAUGUGUUUCUAGGAUCUAUUCAUGGUAUAAAUAUCAAACCUUCACAAGUAAAUUUAGCUGUUUUAUAUUGAAUAAUUUAAAAGUAUUUUACAUUUGACAUUUGAUAUAUUUAGAUAAUUAAAGCUGAGGAUUUAAUGGUGCACAAUCUAAAAAUACACACCUUUGGAUACUCAUUAAGUGGUAAUGGAGUUGAUUUAGAUCAAAAUGGAUAUCCAGAUUUAAUAUCUGGUGCUUAUGAAAGUGAUAUGGCAAUAUUGAUUAGAGCCCGGCCAAUUGUGGAUAUUACAAUUUCUGUUGAUCAAGAAAAACUGAGCAAUAUUGAUCCCACAAAUCUCAGUUGUUCUUCUAACGAAACAUCCUCAGUUACUUGGUAAAAUUUCAAUAAUUCUUAUAUGAAUAUCCAUUGUAUCAUCAUUGUACAUUUACAAUACAUUUUUUGUUGAUUUAGUUUUACAUUUGAUGUAUGUUGUUCGUUGAAGACCAUAGUUAAAGCAGAUUUGGAUGGUCAUUGGGACAUACAGUUGCAUUAUAAAUUAGAAGCAGAGACUUUUCAAGAAGGACGUAAAUUUUCAAGACUUUGGUUUGGACCAGAUCAUUUAUCAAAAUUACAGAUUGUAGAAAAUAAUAUUUCUGUUGACCACAAUAAAGAUAAAAUGUGUACAUCAUUCACUGCAUAUCUUAAAGUAUAUUUCUUAUCAAUCAAAUUAAACCAUAUUUAACUGUUAAAUGUAUUAUUUUUAGGAAAACACUAUGGACAUUCAGUCUAAAAUACCUUUGCGUAUUUCUUAUUUAUUGAUACAAAAUGAUAUUCCCCUUCUUAAACCUGGUGAUCCAGUACCAUCUUUAGCUGAUUUUCCUGUAUUAAAUCAAAAUCAAGCAGACAAAAUAUUCUUUGCUACAUUUAAUAAAGACUGUGGAAAUAAUGAUAAAUGUGAAAGCCAAGUUCACGUGAAUGCAGAAUUAGUGUUACCAAAAACAUCAGGUAAAUAUAUAUUUAUAUUAAUUGCAAUUAUUAAAUGAAAUUACUAAGUAUUUAAUUAUCCUGUCUUCUUGAAUUUAAAUUUUAAAAUUAUUAUAACUCAUUCAUGAUUUAAUUCAAAUAUUUUAUUUUUAGCCAAUGAAUAUGAGUUAGUAAUGGGCCAACAUGUUGAAAUACUUUUAAACACUACAGUUUACAACCUUGGUGAAUCUGCAUAUGAAAGCAAAUUGUUUGUAGCUCAUCCAUACUCAUUCAAUUAUAUCGGAACUAUGAAAUUUAAUGAUGUAAAUUAAACUAAGAAAUAAUUAUUUUAUGAAAUAAAUUAAGUCAAAUAUUUUUUAGACAAAGCAAGUUGAUUGUAAUCCAUUCAACAAGACAAUGGUUGUCUGUGCUCUUGGAAAUCCAUUAAAGAAGUAUGCAUCUUCCAACAUUCUAUUGCGAUUUGAUCCAAAAGAAUUGAAUGAUGCUGAAAAUCAACUGGAAUUUAUAGUAAUUUCAAAUACUACAUCUCAUGAAGUAGAACCACAAAGCCCACUUAUAGUACGUACUAAUGUGAUAAAGCAGGCUGAAUUAUCAUUGAAAGGGUAUAGUAUUAAAUUAAUUAAUUUGAUCGUGUUAUAAGUAUUUUAUUUUUAUUUUUAUUGCUGAUUAAAUUUAUUUCAGGUUGGCACGUCCAGAACGAGUGUUUUAUGGAGGUCAAGUUAAAGACAAUUUUGUUGUCAAGUAUCCAGAUGAUGUGGGUUCUAGAGUUUUACAUACAUAUCAAGUUUUUAACUCUGGACCCUGGAAGGUAUCUAAUUUAGAAGUGCAUAUAGACUGGCCAUAUCAGGUAGCUAGUCAUACAACAGGGAAAGGGUUAUUAUAUCUCGAUGAAAAACCAUAUGUUGAAGGUAAAUAUUUCAGAUCAUGUUGGUGCUGUAAAAUGUUUAGGCAAUUUUUGUUGUAAAUUGUGAACUUUGGAAUUUGUUUAGCUUUAAGUGGGGGAGAAUGUUAUAUGUCACAAGGGCAAGUAAAUCCAUUGGGUUUACCAAUGAGGCCUGGUAUUCAAGAAAUGCCAUUGGAUACUAUCCGAUCAGAGAACAUAGCUUUAAACAAUCUCAUGUCCUCCAAAUUAUCAACUAACAUGAUAAAAAACAGUAGUGGUGGUUAUUAUCAGAAUAGAAUUCGUAGGGAACAAAAUUACAUCAUACAGCCAGAAACAUACAUCAAAGAAAAUGAGAAACAUCUAGAAAUUGUUAAAAUGGUAAGCAUUGUUACCAUUACUAUUUGCUUAUUUCUAUUUACUUACUGUAUAUUUUUUAGAAUUGUUUAUUGGGAAAUGCAAAGUGUUUCCAGUUUUACUGUCUGAUAAACAAUUUGCAAAAAAAUCAAGAGGCUACUAUUUUUAUUAAAGCAAGGUAAUAAUUUUAUUGAUAAAGCCUGUAAGUAAAUCAAAUAAGAGCAUUAUAUCUGCAACAUUUCUCUUUAGCUCACAACUUGUAAAUCCGAAAAGAGAGUUUUGCUGAUUAUUUACAAUAGUUAUAUUAAAUUUAUAGUAUAUAAGUUUUAAAAAUAUAUCCCAAACCAAUAAAAAUUUGACUGGUCACUAAAAUCUGCAGUGUACAUUAACACCUAGUUUUAUAACAUUAAUAGCAGACAGAUAUUAUAUAAUACCAAGUGAUCCAUUUAAGUGUGUACACUCAUUAUCUUGGAAAGUAUUAACCUUUUUGGAAUUUGUUUUCUAGAGGAUUUUUGAAACAAGCAGCUUUACAAUUUUAUAUUUAUGUUUUUUAUGGCAAUGCUGCCAUACAAACAAUGCUCCAUUACUCUCCCCGACACAAAAUUAAAAGCAGAAUAUCUCGUUAAGGGAUUGACAGAAAUCAAAAAUUUCAACAUUAAAAUUAUUUAUUUUAACUAAUACUUCAUCUAUUUGUGGACUUUUUAAUAUAAUUAUCCAUUUUAAAAUCAAAAGUAGGUGUGGUUUAACUUUUAAAAAUAAGGGUGACAAAAAAUAACAGAUAUAAAAUUGUAAAGCUGUUUGUUUCUUAAAUGUUCUAGAAAACAAAUUCUGAAAAAAGCUAAUACUUUCCGACAUAUGAGUGCACCCAUUUAAAUGGAUCACCUAAUAUAUAAUUAUAAAUAAUUUAUGUUGGCUGAAUUAAUGUAUGUAUUAAUUAUAAAAGUUUAUUUUCAAAUUUUUAGAUUAUGGAAUGCUACUUUAUUAAGAGAAUUUCCUAAAGUUGAUUCAGUUAAAAUUGUAUCCCGUGCAAAAAUUCAUAUACCACCUAAUCUAUCUUUGCAACAAAAUCGUUCAGAUGAUGAGUUUGAAGUAAGUAUUUGACCUUUUGUGCACUUUCAAUGAAUGAUGAUGAUUAACUUAUUGAGAUGUCUAAUGUAUAUUAUAAAAUAUGAAAAUUUAGUAUUGGAUUUAUUUAGAUAAUUUUAAAUGUGUGAAUGUCUUCAAAUUACUAUAGUUAGAAUAUUUUUGGCUUUGCUUUUAAAAACCUGAAUUUUAAUAAAUGAAAUAUAAUUAAUAGAAAUAUUUAUAGUCCAUUCAACUUAAGAGUAUAGGGUGAGUGGAUGAAGCCCUGCCAAUACUGGGAAUGGGACCACAUGCACAAAAGGAGAUGUGUUUUCUAUGUUUUCUACUCUUAAGUUGAAUACGAGUAUAUCAUUAUUAGGGGCUAAAUAAAUUAUAGAUUAUAUUAUGCAUUUUAAAAUUUUAAUAUCUAUGCAAGCAGAAAAUUAUUAAAUUUUUUAGUUUACCAUAGGUCAGAUUACACAAGAUAUUUAUAAAAAAAAAUUAUAUAUCUUACUGAAUUUAAUAAUAAAAUUACAAAUGUUCUAUGAACAGGUGGAGACAAUUGCCAAAGUAGAUUUGUUGGAACAAGAAAGUGAAUCAAUUCCUUGGUGGAUAAUUAUAUUAGCAAUUUUGAUAGGUCUCCUUUUGUUAAUAUGUUUAACAUUGCUGUUGUGGAAAUUGGGUUUUUUCAAAAGAAGACGACCAGAUCCCACACUCAGUGGGAACAUUGAAAAACACAGAGUAGAUGAUAAUUAUUACGAUUAUUAAUAAUAAUAAUAAUAAAAAAAAAAUAGACAAUUAUAUAUUAUUAUAUUUUUUUUUUUUACAUUUUUAUAAAAUAUUUUCAUAAUAUUUUUAUACGAAAUAUACUAAGACAAAUGGUACUUAUAACAAUAAUUAUUAAGUAGAAUUAUUUUUUAUAUGUAUUUAUAAUGUUUAGAUUUUUUUUAUAAUCUUUAUAUUAGAUAAUAUCUAGUUUUAAAUAAUUAUUUUUAUCUUCCUAAAUAUUUCUAUGCAAAUAACAAACUUUAGCUUAGCUUCUUAGUAUGAUUAUUAUUCAUAAUAAUAUUAAACUAACUAUAGAAUUAUAUUUUUUUUUUUCAUUAUCUACCUAUUGUGUUUUGUAAUGUUAUGCUCACACAACAUAAUAUACAUGUAUAAUUAUUUAUCAUUUAUAUCAUUACAAAAAUGUAACUGAAAGAUUCAAAUGUGGCCGAGUACUUGGUAUUUUACAAAAUGUAAAUAAUUUAAUAAAUAUGACGGAUUGUUCGCUAUUCGAGAGGGAUACAAGCUUAUCUACAAGCAAAAUAAUUUAAAAUUUGUCAAAUAUAAUAGAACUGCAUGCCAUCUGCUGCGGCCCUUUGAAACCACUGCCGCCUCAAUCAUACUACUGUAUAUUAUCUUAUUCUCGCAAUUCGUUUAUUAGUUAUUCUAUAUUGACAUCGACGCGAAGGCCAUGUAUUCCGUCUUUUUACGCCCACAAAAUCCAAUGGUUUUUUUUUUUUAUCAUUCGAGAAAAAUCAAUAUCUGAUCUAUUACUUUCAUUAAGAACAUUUAAAUAUGAGUCAAAUAAAAUUAAGCAUUAGGUACACAAUAUCAAUCGGCCCUUUGAUGAUGCCGCCGUUUCGUCAUCAUUCUUUCGCACUAAAUAUCAUUAUAAUUAUUUCUAUAAAAAUUUCAAAUCAACACAUAACACUAUUUUUUAGUGGUCGACCUUUUUUUUGGUUUAUUUAAACACAUAAAAUUGAAUGGUUUUUUCUAAUUGAAAAUGAAGCGUCUUGAUCCCUCGAGAAACCCCAAGACGAACACUCUGUCGAGAAUUCUGCACACAGCAACAACUACGCUUCACCAACUUCUUUCCAGGAUCCCUCUUGAAUAGCUAGCUCCGACUUUUAGCAGCUAUAAUCACUCGUGUUCGAUUUAUUUAUUAAUUCACUUUGUAAUUCAACCUUUUAUUUUCCUAAUUUAAAAAUUAGCAUUUUUUAUCUGAGUGCACACAGGUGUUAAAUGAUAAUUAAUUAAAUUAGUUUAUCUUAAUUAAAUUGUGAUUGCCGUCCAACGACUCCAGGUUCACUUGAGGUUAUCCAUAAGUAUACACUAUAGUAUUCCAACACCGUGGGCAGGUAAUAUAAUUAUAUUUUUCUUUAGUUAUUGAUUUCGUUACCAUUCUCGGAUUCACGACUUCGAAACCCUUUCAAACAUAGGAAGGAAGGUAGUAAUAAAACUAGUAGGCUGAACUUUUAUUAUGAUUAAAGAUUAAUCAUUCUUUGUAGUACCAAAACUUAGAUCGAUUAUUUCACACUAUAUAAGCACAUUUUUAUACCUACUCCUUUAUAUUUCAUUCUUUGUAGGUAUUUUUACGUGAUUAUUCUAUAAUUUCAAAUAUAUUUGUCUUCUAUUUCUAUACUUAAUGUCCUAAGUCUACUACUAUCCCCUUAACCACGACUCUCUUAAUAUUUCCCCGUUUAAAUCUCUUUUAACUCCUCUUAUUUGCUUCCCCUUUUUAUUUUUCCUAUUUUUUGUAUUACUACAGUUUUAUUAAUGAUUUAGAUCUUGAUAAACUGUAUAGUUGUAUACACUAAUUGACCUAAUCCAUAUUUUUUUAAUUUUUGCAUACACUCAACAAAAUACUGGUAUAAUAUAAGUAUUAAAGGCUACAGCUUAAUGUUAACUUAAUAUUUUUAAGUUUUCAGAAAAUAAAUUAAUAAUGAGACAUUAUAUAAAGUACUUUUUAUUCUUUACUAUUAGGUGUAGUAGUUUACAAAAAUUGAAACCUGCACAUGCAGAUUAGGUUAAUUGCUUAUCUAUGUAGGUAAGCAGUUAGGCACCCAUUGGAAAGCUGUUAGGUUAUUUUUUUAAGAACCUUUGUACACAUUUCAAGCGUGCUUAUACUAUAUUCACUGAUUUUGAAUAUAUAAAUGGAAAAUGAUAGAAAUACCAAAUAAACAAUUUUUUUAAAAUAUAUUUGAAAUAUUGUUUUAAGAUUCACUUAUAGAUAAACUAUUAAUUAAAAUUAACAUUUUUUUAUUUUUGUAAAGCCAUUUCAAUAUUCAUUGUUAAUCCAUAAAUGCAAUAUAAAAACUUAUAAUAUUAAUAUUAGUAAGUAAUAAUAUACAUUGUCUAGGUAUAAAAACUUUUUUAAAUAAUGAAUCAGUAUCAUAUUUAUAAUUGUACUGUUGUGGUUAUUGUUUUUUUUAUGUCUGUGAGUUGUUUUGAAUUAAAAGACACAGUGACAGUUGGCUGUCCUUCUUUUUCUGGCUUAAACAUUUCUUUGUGUGUGACAUUCUUUUCAUUAGGCAGUACAUUCCUGCAAA